AUGCUCUUCCAAGCUGUGCUGCACUGUGCUGCCCUGGGGCUCAGCCAUGCUGCAAAUCCUUGCUGUCCCAACUCAUUUCAAAACCACAGUGAAUGUAUGAGCAUAGGAUUUGAUCAGUAUAAGUGUGACUGCAGUACUGCAUUCUAUGGUGAAAACUGUACUACACCUGAAUUUCAGACAAGAAUUGAGUUACUGCUGAAGCCCACCCCAAACACAGUGCACUACACCCUGAGCCUCUUCAAGGGAGUCUGGAACAUUGUGAACAACAUUCGCUUCCUGCGAAGUUCAGUCAUGAGAUAUGUGCUGAGAUGGAGAUCACAUUUGAUUGACAGUCUACCAACGUACCACAUGCACCGUGGUUACAAAAGCUGGGAAGCCUUCUCCAACCUCUCCUACUACACCAGGUCCUUUCCUCCAGUAGCAGAUGACUGCCCAACUCCCAUGGGUGUGAAGGGAAAUAAGGAGCUUCCUGAUUCAAAAGAAGUGCUGGAAAAGGUUCUUCUUCAGAGAGAGUUCAUUCCUGACCCCCAAGGCUCAAAUAUGAUGUUUGCAUUCUUUGCCCAGCACUUCACCCAUCAGUUUUUCAAGACAAAUCAGAAGCGACCAGGGUUCACCCGAGGACUGGGGCAUGGAGUAGACUUAAAUCACAUUUAUAGUGUAACUCUAGACAGAAAACAUAAACUAUGCCUUUUCAAGGAUGGAAAAUUGAAAUAUCAGAUCAUUGGUGGAGAGGUGUAUCCUCCCACAGUCAAAGAUACUCAGGUAGAGAUGAUCUACCCUCCUUGCAUCCCUGAGAACCUGCAGUUUGCUCUGGGGCAGGAAGUCUUUGGUCUGGUGCCUGGUCUGCUGAUGUAUACAACCAUCUGGCUUUGGGAGCACAACAGAGUGUGUGACAUACUCAAACAGGAGCAUCCUGAGUGGGAGGAUGAGCGACUAUUCCAAAUCAGCAGACUCAUACUCAUAGGAGAGACUAGCAAGAUAGUGAUGGAAGACUACAUGCAACACCUGAGUGGUUACCACUUCAAACUCAAGUUUGACCCAGAGCUCCUUUUCAACCAGCAGUUCCAGUAUCAGAAUCGCAUUGCCUCUGAAUUCAACACACUCUAUCACUGGCAACCCCUGCUGCCCCAUACCUUCAACACUGAGGACCAGGAAUACAGCUUCAAUCAGUUUCUCUACAACAACUCCAUCCUCCUCAAAGGAGGAUUUACUCAGUUUUUUGAGUCAUUCACCAGACAGAUUGCUGGCCGGGUUCCUGGGGGAAGAAAUGUUCUAAUUGCCCUACAAGCAGUGGCAAAGGCCUCCAUUGACCAGAGCAGACAGAUGAAAUACCAGUCUCUCAAUGAGUACCGCAAACGCUUCUCCCUGAAGCCUUACACAUCAUCUGAAGAACUUACAGGAGAAAAGGAAAUGGCUGCAGAGUUGAAAGCUCUCUUCAGUGCCAUCGAUGCCAUAGAACUGUAUCCUGCCCUGCUGGCAGGAAAGCCUUGUCCAGAUGCUAUCUUUGGGAAGACCAUGGUAGAACUUGGAGCACCAUUCUCCUUGAAAGGACUUAGGGGUAAUCCCGUCGGUUCUCCCCAGUACCUGAAGCUGAGCACCUUCAGUGGAGAAGUGAGUUUUAAGAUCAUCAAUACUGCCUCAAUUCAGUCUCUCAUCUGCAAAAAUGUGAAGGGGUUUCCCUUUCU